GCCCAAGGAGCGGCGCGAGCGCCGGCGGCAGGAGAAGAUGGCGGCCAACGACGCGCAGAUGCAGGAGGACCGCGCCAAGUGGGACCCGAACGCCGAGGACCCGCGCAAGACCCAGGACGCGUACAAGACGCUCUUUGUGGGGCGCAUCAGCUACGAGACGACGGAGCAGCAGCUGCGCCACGAGUUCGAGCAGUAUGGACCCGUCAAGAGCGUGCGCCUGGUGGAGGACCCCGAGGGCAAGUCGCGCGGCUACGGCUUUGUCGAGUACGAGAAGGAGGAGGACAUGAAGGCCGCCUACAAGUACGCGGACGGCAAGAAGAUCGACGGCCGCCGCGUGGUGGUGGACGUCGAGAGAGGACGCACUGUGCGUGACUGGCUCCCGCGUAAGUUCGGCGGCGGCAUUAGCGAGACCCGCAAGGGCGGAGCGGACGUCAAUGUCAAGUACUCGGGCAGAGAAGCCAUCGGACACUUCCAGGUCGGCGCGCCCCGGGACGAAGGAGCGGCGAGGCCGUACCGUGAGCCGCCGCGCGAGCGCAGUCGGAGCAGAGGACGCGGUGGAGGCGCAAGUGGAGACCGCCGCGAACGCCGUCGCUCUAGAUCAAGAUCGAGGGACCGCAGACGUGAACGAGGUGGACGCGACUGGAGCCGCGAUCGCGACCGUGGCCGUGAACGAGACCGCAGUCGCGACAGAGACCGCCGUAGCCGAAGAGACUCGCGUGACUACUCGCGCAGGUACUAGCUGGCAUCGAAGAACGCGAG